ACAGCAGAGGUUCCACGCGGAAGCGACGUCCUUCAUGUUGCUCUAACCCUACUGUAGAUUUUCUUCGCCACCUAAACCUGCCACCCACCCAUCACACCUCACAAACUGCCUCAUCAUUUAUCAAUCUUUGCCGUAUUCGUCGACUCACUCUGACCAACAUUCACAUCAGCCAGCCUCUUUUAUUUGUCAGCGGCACUAUCCUCUUGAAUCAAUCGAAAUAGCGAUGGUAGCGAGCAACAGCAACAGCGAAGGCGGCGGUAGUGGAGGUUGUCCCGUGGCCAAGGAUUCCACAACCACUGUCAAUGACAAUACUGCCUCCAGCUCUUGGUCGGCUUGGUUGGGAUUUGGCAACAACAGCAAAACCACAGUACCGAGCAUUGCAAGCAGCAACAAGGAUGAACCAUCCAGCAGUACUACUAUCGAUGUUGGCAAUGGAUGUCCCGUGCAGCACAGCGACAAGACACCGUCUUCCUUGGAAGAAGCCGCGGGCUAUUCGCAACGGCCACAUCCCGAUCAACAAGGCGUGGAACUCUCCACCCGUCGUGUCGUCUCGUCCAUUCCGCGUGGCAGUAGUACAACCGAAGAAAAGGGACCCCAUCAUCAACCAAAAACAGAUCAACAACCACCCAACUGGGUGUAUCCUUCGGAACAACAAUUCUUUCACGCCUUGCGACGAAAGGGAUGGGACCACGUACAGGCCAGUUCGGUACCCACCGUAUUGGAAAUCCACAAUUCCAUUAAUGAACGAACUUGGAAACAAGUACUCGAAUGGGAACAAGAUAUGGAUCUUCCAGUUCCUACGACGACAUCCAACGGGCCUGCCAAAUUUGUGGAAACCAAUCUCAAGUUGGUGCGAUUUCUGGGACGACCCAGUGAUUUGUCACCACAGGCAUUCCUCUGGACCAAAAUCAUGCAAUGGAACGAACCACCCUUUGAUCGGCAUGAUUGGUAUGUUCAAAAACAACCAUCACGUCAAAAUAAUAAUGUCGAAAGCGAAGUAGUAUCCUACCCCAUUCAACGUUAUGUCAUUGACUACUACAUGGUGCCACCACCGCAUCCGGACUUGCCACCGAAACCCUAUGUCGAUGUCCGUCCUGCAUUGGAUUCACCACGAGCCGUCUCGCUGAGGGCUCGAAGAUUUCUCCAAGAUGAAUUGCCCGCUCUGUGGACCGCCUACGUGGAUUACAAGGCGCAACAACCAAGAUAUUACGAUGGGCAUGGGCCGUACACCAAAAAGUAAGUACCGGUAGUGAAUGAUGGACGGACUGACUGACUGAAUGGCUAGCUAGAAGGAGGAUAUUGUAGACUUGCAAACAUAAGGCGAGGAUCAAAGCUACUUUUUAUGAGCUACUGCGUAGUUAGCU